AUGGGCUGGUUUGACCGCAAAAAGGCCGUCAAGCAUGGCCCCGAGCCAGUCAAACCGAUGCCGGUGAAUAACCACCACCAAAACAUAAACCCUUCCCAAUAUCACGCACCGCCACAUCCACCUACGCAACAAUCUUCAACAUAUGCUACCUCCACGACGCAGACGCCGCCGUACUGGCAGCCUCAGCCGAGUAGCCAGGGACAAUACCAACAUCCCCCGCCUCCGUAUCGUCAUCCACAACCACGGCAUCCUCAUCAACAGCAGCAGCCUCAUCGCCCUCAAGGCUGGUCACAGCAAUACCCUCAGCAACAACAACCCAUCGUGGUGAACCAGCACUACUACCUACACCCACCACCGUCACACCUCGCCCUCCCUGCGCCGCCAGGCGCAACCGGACCACCGACGACGACAACUGCGACCGGACACCCCAUCGGCCUGGACAAGUUCACCGGCUCCGUGGUGACCAUCGCCAAGGACUUCACGUCCCCCAACUUCCUCGAGGAGCCAAACUUCCACCCGCACGCCACACAACUCAUCAACUCCACCGCUGCGUGCGUCGACCAGAUUGCGGGGUGUUUCAACGAUGUUAUGACCCUAAUUGAUCGGGACCGGAUGGUGGGUAACGAGAAGGCCUUGUUCACGUACCAGAAUGGCGGUGGUGGGAGCGGCGCGGUGCAGCAGACCACUCCGUCGGGAGAUGGGAAGAGGAGCGGCGGAAGCGGAGGGAGAGGCGAGAAGAGCGGGCAGCGGAAGAAGAGUAAAGAAACUUCUUCCUCCGGUUCAAAGGGCCAGUCUGCGGCUGUGGCGACGUGUGUGGUGUCGGGGGGUUACUUUGCCAAAGUCGAGUUAUACGCCAACUCGAAGCUGCCCAUGAACCUCCCGCCCCUGAGACUAUACAUGCCCACCUGGCCCCUCCUCUGCAUGGCCGCCCAAUACGCAGAACGCGUCUACGACCACCCCAAAGGCGCCGAGCGCGACGCCCACGUCUCGGCAGACUGGAAAACCGGCACGAAAGCAAUGGUCAUCAAGUCCGUCCCCAUGGACCACAUGAACACCAUCGUCUUCGCGAUCCGCGGCUCCGCCACCUUCAUGGACUGGGCCGUCAACCUCAACACCGCCCCGGCAUCCCCCGAUGGCUUCCUCGACGACGCGGGGAACUCGUGCCACGCCGGGUUUUUGGCGGUGGCGCGCAAGAUGGUGAAGCCCGUCGCGGCGCGGCUGCGGCAGUUGCUCGAGGAGGACCCGGGGCGGGCGGCGUACAGUCUGUUGAUUACGGGGCAUUCUGCGGGCGGCGCGGUGGCGAGUUUGUUGUAUGCGCAUAUGUUGUCUACGUCGCCCCGGGCCGGGAGCGAGUUGAAUGCGUUGACGGGGUGUUUUAAGAGGGUGCAUUGCGUUACCUUUGGGACGCCGCCUGUGAGUUUGUUGCCGUUGAGGAGGCCUGAGAGGGCGGAGCUGCGGAAGAGUUUGUUCUUGACGUUUGUGAAUGAGGGGGAUCCGAUUGCGAGGGCGGAUAAGGCGUAUGUGAAGAGUUUGUUGGAGUUGUAUGCCAGCUCGGCGCCGUCUACUUCGGGUUCGUGUUCUUCGGGGGGCGGUGGUGGUGAGUCUGGAGGAGAGAAGAAGGGGAGGUCGUUGGCUGCCAAGGCAAGUAAGAUGUCGCUGAGGAAUAAGGAGAGUAAGAUGUCGCUGGUUCCGCAUGCGGCUGGUAGGGAGUUGGAGAGGGACCGGGAGAAGAGGAAGAGGGAGGGGAGCGGCAAGCCGGUGUGGCGUCUCCCGCCGGGAACGCUGAGCUCGCCGGGCAGGAUUGUGGUGCUGCGGAGCGGAGACCCGAAGGCGAGGCCGCGGGACCGGAAGACAGUGGCGGAAAGGUUGGACGAGGGUGUUGUUGCGCAGACUGUGACUGAUGAGGAGCUGAGGGGUGUGGUUUGGGGGGAUCCGGUCUGCCAUGUCAUGAAGUUGUAUUCCGGGCGGAUUGAGACGUUGGCUGUUGGAGCUGUUACGGGGAGGCAGAAGUAG